GCACGCACGACGCAAGCCCCUACGCUUCUCGCUUCCGGCUGCGGCGGCCUGUGCGCCGCCAGACCGGAGACUCUCCCCGGCCCUUCAGGCGACAUGCAGCACUGAGAAGCGGUGGACACCGGGAGGCGCCAUGAACCUUCUGCCGUGUAACCCGCACGGCAACGGGCUGCUGUACGCCGGCUUCAACCAGGACCACGGGUGCUUUGCGUGUGGGAUGGAAAAUGGAUUCCGAGUCUAUAACACCGAUCCACUCAAAGAAAAAGAGAAACAAGAGUUUUUAGAAGGAGGAGUUGGCCACGUGGAAAUGUUAUUUCGCUGCAACUAUUUGGCUUUAGUUGGUGGUGGAAAAAAACCAAAAUAUCCUCCCAACAAAGUGAUGAUCUGGGAUGAUCUCAAGAAGAAGACGGUUAUUGAAAUUGAGUUCUCUACGGAGGUCAAGGCGGUGAAGCUGCGGCGAGACAGAAUUGUGGUUGUCUUGGACUCUAUGAUUAAAGUGUUCACAUUCACACACAACCCUCACCAGCUGCAUGUCUUUGAAACCUGCUAUAACCCUAAAGGCCUCUGUGUCCUGUGUCCCAAUAGUAACAACUCCCUCCUGGCCUUCCCGGGCACCCACACGGGCCACGUGCAGCUUGUGGACCUGGCCAGUACCGAGAAGCCCCCUGUGGACAUUCCUGCUCAUGAGGGAGUCCUGAGCUGCAUCGCUCUCAACCUGCAGGGAACAAGAAUUGCAACUGCCUCUGAAAAAGGGACCCUUAUAAGAAUAUUUGAUACUUCAUCAGGGCAUUUAAUCCAGGAGCUACGAAGAGGAUCUCAAGCAGCCAAUAUCUACUGCAUUAACUUCAACCAGGAUGCCUCUCUCAUCUGUGUGUCCAGUGACCAUGGCACAGUGCACAUUUUCGCAGCAGAGGACCCAAAAAGGAAUAAGCAGUCUAGUUUGGCAUCAGCCAGCUUUCUUCCAAAAUACUUCAGUUCCAAAUGGAGUUUCUCCAAGUUCCAGGUCCCCUCAGGCUCUCCCUGCAUUUGUGCCUUUGGGACUGAGCCAAACGCGGUCAUUGCCAUCUGUGCUGACGGCAGCUACUACAAGUUCCUGUUCAACCCCAAGGGCGAGUGCAUCCGGGAUGUGUAUGCACAGUUCCUAGAGAUGACCGACGACAAGCUGUGACACUCAUCCUGCCCAUCCUUGUGGCUGGUGCCAAUGCCCCGGGCCUUGGGGAGCAGGGGCUGGAGGGACUGCUCAGGACUUGGGUCUCGAGCCAUCUGGGCUGUCUGCCUUCCUGAGAAGGCUCCCAUUUUCCUGAAUUAAAUAAUAAUCACCAAGGCACCGCAGACACUCAGUGGGUCAGGUGCCCACCGCCACCACCUUUUAGUUCAACUGUGAUGUUCACAUUAGUGACUCCACUGCACCCUCACUGCAGCAGAGGCUCCUGGGGAGUCUGUCUGCACCGUCCCCACUGGCCUCCGAGCUGUGUGGCAGCGAGCAGGCGCGUCCUGGCAGCACACCCCAGGCAAGGUCCCCAGUGGAAGACCCAGCCGUCCACACCAGAGCUGCGCAUCCCCCAGAGGCAGAGCCCUGGCCCCGGGUUCCAGAAGGUAGGGGCAGUUAGCUUUCCCAGUUCACUCUGGGUUCAAGCAGUCUGCCCAUUACAUGUAGGGAACCAAUGCAUAGACUUUGAAAAAUGAGUUUAAAAGGACACUGUCCCUUUAUUUGAUGGACUCCUCCACAGAGCGGGCCAUGUGUCCCUGGGGCCUCUGUGGCAGGGGUAGCCUUAGAUGCUGCAUCCACCCCUCAGUGUCGCCCAGCAUUUUGAGUAGCUGCACACUUAACAUUUUGGGAAUGCAAGGCACAUCCCAGUUAAAGAACCGAGAUAGGCCGAGGGCUCCACAGUGUCUGUGCCCCCUGAGGUAUGUGUUUAAUUUUCUUCAGUUCCCUCAAAAGAAGCUUAUUUCGUGAUUUUGAUUUCAGGCUGCAAAUACUUACAGUCUGCAUCGCAGCAGGUCCUCAGUCUGCCGUUUCCUCGCUGUUGUGUAACCGACUAUUAUACAUGGGUUUCAAUGUCAAAGAUGCAUGUUGCCUUUUCGUGUAUUUAAUCAUGACGUUUAAUUUUGCACUUAUUUGUACUGUUUCUUUAAAUAAAAGUGACUAAUUUUGUUGUA